AUGGGCAGUCUACCACUCUCCAAACGUGAACAGGCCCACCGCGUCGCAUGCGAGCGGAUCGGACACAGGAUCGCGAGUAAGGAACAACAGGCCUCCAUCAAUCCAGAUUCGGGCCCAAACGAUUCUGCAGGUAAUGCGGAGGAAACUCCACGCGAAACGAAUCCGGUAGGUCUUGGCAGACGAGGAGAAAAAGAAAAAAAAGUUCGAAGCAAAGAAAACCAGGAUGAUAAUGACGGAAGAAAAGUCCAUUUCGACGACACUCUCCGUAUCCGAUGGAUCGAAUCGGCAGGACGCGAGCCUAUCUUCGAAACUAACGCGCCUCCUGUCGCUGCCACCUGGCCCGUCGAGGUCCUCAAAUAUCGGCCCGAUCAUCCGUUCUCUUCCCCGCCAAAAAUAUUGGCCGAGUUCGAGCAUGGCAACCCGGACCUGGUAAGGACCUUCCUGACAGACGACCCAAGGAUCUAUGGUUGCGACGACUGGGAGCAGUCAAUCUGCACACCCUGGGUCAACGGCGCGGUGAUUCUUGUCGAUGGCCUGCCAGACGCAAUCGAGAUACCAAUCAGCGAGAAUCGCUUUCUGUCCGCGCGCCGCGUACUGAAGCUUGUAUAUACAGAGUUGAUGAAGACCAUCGAGAAAAAACCCAAGGUUUGGUGGAGAUCGGUUGAAAAAGAGAGAAGAGGAGAAGUCGCGAGGGCGUGA